AUGGCAUCUCAGUCACAGGUAGGGUCGUAUUCGAACCCGUUGAAGAAGUUCAAGCUGGUCUUUCUCGGCGAACAGAGCGUUGGAAAGACGUCGUUGAUUACGAGGUUCAUGUAUGAUUCAUUCGACAACACGUACCAAGCAACUAUAGGCAUUGAUUUCCUGUCCAAGACGAUGUACCUAGAAGAUAGAACGGUCCGCCUCCAGCUCUGGGACACCGCCGGCCAAGAACGGUUUCGGUCCCUGAUACCGUCUUACAUCCAAAACUCCAACGUUGCGGUGGUCGUGUACGACAUCUCAAACGCAAAGUCCUUCCAGAACACACGGAAAUGGGUAGACGACGUGCGUGACGAGCGGGGGAACGACGUCAUCAUAGCACUCGUCGGCAACAAGACGGACCUGAACGACAAGCGGGAGGUGACGACGGAGCAAGGGGAGGAAGAGGCGAAGAAGAACGGGCUGAUGUUCAUCGAGACCAGUGCUAAGCUGGGGCAUAACGUGAAGAACCUCUUUAAGAAGAUAGCUCAGGCGCUGCCGGGGAUGGAGGGAGAGGCCACCAACAGCGACAACCAGAUGAUUGAUGUCAGCAUCAACCCGACCAAGCCAGUGAGCAACGACGCCUGUUCUUGCUGA